AUGAAAAAGGGACAGACUUUCCCUGGACCUUCCCUACUUGUCCUCCUCUAUUAUGCACAGCUCUUGUCAUGGCUCAGGACUGUGGGAGAGCCAAGCUUAGAUGAAUUCUACAAUGAAACUCAGGCAAAGAUAUUCCUGCAGUUUUAUGAGCAAACAACCUAGGUUGUGCUGAACCAGUUCAUGGAAGCCACUUGGAACUAUGUCACUAACACCACCAAGCUAAAUUGAGAGGGGAUGCUACAGAAAGAGGUGGCGUGGUCCCAGUUCAUGGUGUACUUCGGCACCUGGGCCUGCCUGUUUAAGAUAGACCAAUUCCAGGACCCGGAAGUGAAGCGCAUGCUGAGUAAGCAGCAGAGCAUAGACAAGUCAGCCUUGCCCACCAAGGAGCUCCGGAAGUACAACAAGCUUCUGACCUACAUGGAGACAACAUACAGUACGUCUGAGAUGUGCCUGGAUGAGGGCCCCUGCUUGCCCUUGGAGCCUGACCUCGAAGAAAUCAUGGCCACCUCCAGGGACCAGAAGGUGCUGUGGGCCUGGCAGGGCUGGAGGGAUGCCGUGGGUCGCCAGAUCCACCCUGUCUUUGAGUACUAUGUGCAGCUAAGCAACAAAGCUGCACAAUAUAAUGGGUAUGACAACCUGGGGGCUUUGUGGCAUUCCAAGUAUGAAUCUGACACCCUGGAGCAAGACCUGGAACAGCUCUAUGAGGAGUUACAGCCAUUGUACUUGAACCUGCAUGCCUACGUGCGCCGCUCACUGCACCAAUACUAUGGACCUGAAGUCAUUGACCUGCGAGGGCCCAUCCCUGCCCACCUCCUGGGGAAUAUGUGGGCUCAGUCCUUGGAUAACAUCCUAGAUCUGGUUCUGCCCUACCCUGAAAAGCCCCCUGAGGACAUCACAAAGAUCAUGAAGGGCCAGGUCAGGAAAACAGAGCCAUGUAUCUCUUUAUUCCCCACAGUUUCAAGAAGCUGACAUAUUUUUACCUCCUUGGAGCUGUUGCCUGCCCCCCAUGAUUUCUGGAUAAAAUCAAUGUUGGAGAGGCCAGCUGAUGGGCGGCAAGUAGAGUGCCAUGCCUCAGCCUGGAAGUUCUACAAAGACAGUGACGUCAGGGUAAAGAAGUGCACCAAAUAUACCAUAGAAGACCUGCUCUCCAUCUUCUACCAGAUAGGCCAUAUCCAGUACUUCUUGCAGUACCAGAACCUCUCUAUAAUCUUCCAUGAAGGUGCCAGCCCAGCCUUUGAAGAGGCUGUGGGGUCCAUGAUCACCCUCUCAGCUGCUUCCCACAAGUACCUGCUCAGCAAAGGCCUGGUCAGCCAACAGCACCAGGAUGCAGAGGAGGAGAUCAACUUCCUGUUGGGCAUUGCCUUGGACAAGAGUGUCUUCAUCCCCUUCAGCUACAUGAUAGAUGUGUUUCGCUGGAAGGUCUUUGAUGGCACUAUUCCAAAGAACAUCUACAACCAGGAAUGGUGGAACCUCAGGUUGAAGUACCAGGGCUUGUGCCCCCCUGUUCCCUGGUCAGAAGAUGACUUUGACCCAGGUGCCAAGUUCCACAUUCCUGCCAGUGUGCCCUAUAUCUGGUACUUCCUCAGCCUGGUGCUCCAGUUCCAGUUUCACAAAACGCUGUGCAGGGCUGCAGGCCAUGUGAGCCCUCUGCACCGAUGUGAUAUCUAUAACUCUAAGGAGGCAGGAAAGAUCCUGGGGGAUGUCCUGAAGCUGGGUUCAAGCCGACCCUGGCAAGAAGUCCUAAAGGAGAUGACUGGAGAACCCAAGAUAUCAUCCAAGACCCUCUUGUCCUACUUCAAGCCGCUGCUGAACUGGCUGGUGACUGAGAACGUGAAACAGGGGGACAUCCUGGGCUGGCCAGAUUUCAGCUGUUCUUUUGAAGAAAGAAACACAGGCAAAGUGUCAUUCUUGGGUUUGGAACUGGAGUCUGACCAGGCCAAGAUUGGACAAUGGCUGCUGCUGACCCUAAGCUUUGUCAUGUUCCUGGUGAUCCUGUGGAUGGGCUGCAGGCUGCAUUAUUUGGAGAAACAGUCACUAGACAAGGACAGAAUGAUACUCAACACCCUGCCCUACACCUACUUCCUGGGCAUACCCAUGGAGCCCCGCCAGGCGGCCCCAAGGCAGUGGAUCCUGCUCAGCUUCUGCGUCAUUCUGACACUAUGCUCUAUCAUCCCAAUUAUUCGGAUCCUCACACAACACAGCAGGAAACCUCCAUGGAUGAGAGCUGCAUGGUGGGGCUUGGACUAG